CAGUUUGCAGUACUCAGAUGCAAGUUUUUUCUUUGCCUAGAGCCAGAUAAUUACAGAUACAAUGGCAAAGAACCAUAUUUCAAAAAACAAGAAACUUUCCGCAUUAUUUUGGAGCAUUUCAACUUGAUGAUCGGUCGGAGUGGACAGUUCCUAAAAACGAAAGUCUCAGGAUUGUUGGAGGAAAGCCGCACGCCUGGUGAAAACCUUUACGAAGUCGAGGGCAACUCGGUGACAAACCUGAUGUGAGAUUCAAACCGGCAACACUGAAGUUUUAACUUUGACACCUACUGAACCACAGGCAGUCCACAAGCAGUUGAUUAUUUGGAGAAUUUCAGCAUGAACAGGAUCAUUUGAAAAAGUAGCACAAAAAAGCUGCUUUCUCUUCAGUAAAAUGAUCCUUAAAACACGGCUCACAUUUAUUACAUUUCUUUACCGUUGCCAAAAGUCCCUCUAAAUGUUAUCCCAUAUGGUUUCGACAAAAUGUUUGUUGGUGUUUCCAGUGUUCCUCAUUUCGCUCAGGACCUGCAUGUCUUCAUGGUUAAUUAGUAAUCGCCAGGUCAACUUUAAAGGCAUUGUCACGUAACCAUUUUCCAACACUACAUGUCUCUAUGCUGUGAUUCAUGAGGACUUGCAAAAAAACGGACUCCUUCACUUUACAACUCGUCGUCUCUUUAGCAGCUCUCGUCCGUAUAUGGACCACAACUCGAGGAGAAAAGGUGAACGUGGUGGAACUUUUCCGUACACACAGAAAGUUCAUCACUGUGUCGGAUGUAAGCAGACUGCCGAUUGGUCAAAAGGUCGGAGGCGGGUUUCGCCGAUUGGCCGAGGUCAGGGCUCGCGCAGGAACUACAGCGGCACGGUUAGCGCUUGGGUUUCAACCCGCGCUCUUUCAGAGCGCGUCGCGAGCGCGGAGCGAGCAGGUGGGCUGACCGUGUGUGGCAGGCAGGCGCGCGAGGGCGCGCGCGACUCGGAGCGCUGGGUUUCCUGCAGUACUGAGGAUAGGCUCCAGACCAUCAUGACCCUUCACUGGACAAACAUUCAUUGAUAUUGAGUCUUUAUACAGGUGUUCUGGUUUAAGGAAGCAAUUGACGGAGGUCCGUGAGGUGCAGGUCCUCCUUCGCCUCCUAAGGUCUCACACACAUACGCGCUUGUCCCUGUGCAAUGCCGAAGAGUGACACGUGGCCUGGUGGCAUGGCCAUGGACUCCGUCAGCAGCGUGGAUAGCGCCGGGAGCUGCGACAGCGUGAUCAGCAUCAGCUCCACCUUUAGUGAGAGCAGCCUGGAACACCUCUCUGCUGAGGAACGGGCAUGCCUCAUGUUCUUAGAGGAGACCAUUGAGUCGCUGGAGGCAGAGGAUGACAGCGGCCUUUCCAGUGAUGAGCCCAAGCGCUCAUCAGUACUCCUCCCUUAUCCAUCCAACCAAAGGAGCAAACAGGAUGAUAUGCUGAAACCUCCACUGGACAGUCGGGAAAUGAAAGAAAAAGAAACUGGGGUGUCGUUCGACAACAUUGCGCCAGCACCCCUGGUCCUGGUAGACAGUGGACAGAAUGUUCCGAUUGACAAAUUGGAUGCAAUACCUGUACCACCUGCCUUUGCCUCGACGGUGCACCUUUCACAGGACAAAGUGGACACAGCCAGCAUGCCAAAAACCUCUGCAGGCACCCAGACCAACCAUACUCCCCAGACCAUCCCAUCAGAGAUGAACAUAGUCCUCAUUCCUCCUCCGUCAGACUUUCAGGAUGAGCCAGCAGCACAGACUGAGCAGCACAUAACCAGGCAACCUAAGGUCAAGAUUGAUCUGGAACAGUUCUGUAAGAGAGCCUCCGUCAAGAAGGCUUCUGUCGCCACCUCCGAAACCAAGGCCAAGCCACUUCCAACUGACCAGGCCAGCCAGGGUAGUUCACUGCCUCCACCACUGGAGGUCCAUGUAGCACAUCACCGUGACCUGACUGAGCCCAGGACUAGCCCACCUGCUGUAGCCCCCAAACCAAAAAAGCUCCCUCCCAACAUUGUGAUGAAAACCCACAAAACGUCAGACUCGAGUGGCAGCUCUCCAGUCACCUCACCCAACGAGAGGGUCAUGAUGGACCCUCAGAAGGUAAGGCUGGAGGCAUUGCGCAAGCUAGGCCUUCUGAAGGAUGCUGAGGUGGACUCCGGCUCCCCCACUAGUCCUCUGCACUACCCCAGCUCCUUACGGUCUCGGGAGGCACAUAGCCCACCUUCUAGUCCUCCAGUUGCCUUGCUAUGGCCCACUUGGUCUCCCACCUCACAGGAAAUGUCAGAGCCUCAGAGCAGGCCAAGCCCUCCAAGUGGGCAUUGUGGAUAUCCAGGAACUGACGUCCUGACAGCAACUGUACAGCUACCUAUCAAACUGCCAGAGGUGAAAUCUGCAUCCCUGGAGAGGUCGGACACCGCCAACCAGGUAUCCAGUAACUCCUUUCAUGGAAGCUCCACUGCUGAUGCUGCCAGCCACUCGUUCAUUAGCCCAAAGCCUCGUCCUGCAUCCUUGGGCAACAGGCAGGAUUUCAUUGUCAUCCAGGGAGAUGCUCCCUUGCCAAGCCCUGCCACAAAGGCUCUUGAAUUGGGGGACGUGGGAAAAUCUGCGGCCCCGACCCCUCCCGCACAGAUCUUAGUAUCCCACAAGCUCCCGCGCUCCCAGGGCGUCAGUGUGCUGAUCAGCCCCCGUGGGGAAAAUGGUGGGAACCGACGGGAGGCUCUGAGGAAGCUGGGCCUACUGAAGGAGUAAGGAUCUGAAAAAUAUGUCCCUAAAAACAUUCUAACUCGCGCUCUCUCGCUCGCUCUCCUCGUUCUCCACAAAAUCUCGUAUCUCCCUUCCCGGCUGCACUGUGAGUUUCCCCCAGUACCUGAACUGCAAGGUGACAGUCAGACAAUUUGCACUGACGUGUCCCAACAGUGUUACUGUUUCGUUUUGGUUGUAAGUGCAGCCAUACUUAGUUAGGAUUGUUGUAGGUUGGGGUCGAGUGCAAGUUUAUGUCUCGUCUGAGGUUUCUGUUGCAUUGGAAAUGUAGUGAUAUUUUCUGUCACUCUGCCUUCUGUGCAUAAUCUGUAUAUUUAGGACAUAGUAACAUGUAAGAUAUGUUGUAUGUACAGUGUUUCUCUAUUACCCUGUUAUUCAAAAUAUAUGUAUGUUUAAUCAUGUUAAAUUGUUAGAUUUUGCGAAUAAACUAUU